GUUUGUUUUUAGCCUAACACGGACACCCGCCCGCUUACCGCGCUUCCGGAAGCCGAGGUCACGAAUCCUAUCCAGUACAUCAUUGUGCAGUUUGUAUAUAGAAUCUUUAUAGAAGAAUGAUGUCCCUUAAACCAUCUUCUCUGCUUUGUCUGAUCUUUGUCCUCAUGAUCACAGCUCUUGGGAAUGAAUGGAGUGUGAAAUACAGCCAACUUAGUCUCUGUGCUUUAAAAGGAUCUACAGUGAUUAUGAACGUCACUUACACACACCCACCAGGUCUUACAGUGAGAAAGAGGUUUUGGGUAAUAAACCCAAUUAAGGGUAAAGAGUUGACUGAUCUGUAUAAUGAAACACGUUACUCAGGAAGAGUGAUGUAUUUAACAGAUGUACAGAAUCACUUCCCCCUCAGACUGAGUGAUGUGAAGAAAACAGAUAAACAGAUGUACUGCUUUAGAAUCAGAACAAAUGAAGAUAAAGAAAGAUACCUGGGUUUUCCUGGAGUUACACUCAGUGUUACAGAUCUUGAUCUUCAGAUCGCUCCUGCAGAAGUGACAGAAGGACAAUCAGUCGUUCUGACCUGUAAAACCAUCUGCAGUCUGACUGAUCCAACAUUCAUCUGGUACAAAAACAGCAGAAAUUUAACCACAAAUACCAAGGACAAUGAAGUCCGUCUGCAGUCGGUCAGCAGUGAGGAUGCAGGCAGUUAUAGCUGUGCUGUAAGAGGAUAUGAACAUCUCCACUCUCCUGAUCAAACCCUCAGAGUCAGAUCUCUUGGGAAUAAAUGGAGUGUGAAAUACAGCCAACUUAGUCUCUGUGCUUUAAAAGGAUCUACAGUGAUUAUGAACGUCACUUACACACACCCACCAGGUCUUACAGUGACAAAGAGGUUUUGGGUAAUAAACCCAGCUCAGGGUAAAGAGUUGACUGAUCUGUAUAAUGAAACACGUUACUCAGGCAGAGUGAAGUAUUUAACAGAUGUACAGAAUCACUUCCCCCUCAGACUGAGUGAUGUGAAGAAAACAGAUAAACAGAUGUACUGCUUUAGAAUCAGAACAAAUGAAGAUAGAUACAUGGGUUUUCCUGGAGUUACACUCAGUGUUACAGAUCUUGAUCUUCAGAUCGCUCCUGCAGAAGUGACAGAAGGACAAUCAGUCGUUCUGACCUGUAAAACCAUCUGCAGUCUGACUGAUCCAACAUUCAUCUGGUACAAAAACAGCAGAAAUUUAACCACAAAGACCAACAAGGACAAUGAAGUCCGUCUGCAGUCGGUCAGCAGUGAGGAUGCAGGCAGUUAUAGCUGUGCUGUAAGAGGAUAUGAACAUCUCCACACUCCUGAUCAAACCCUCAGAGUCAGAUCUCUUGGGAAUGAAUGGAGUGUGAAAUACAGCCAAAUUAGUCUCUGUGCUUUAAACGGAUCUACAGUGAUUAUGAACGUCACUUACACACACCCACCACAUCUUACAGUGACAAAGAGGUUUUGGUUCAUAAACCCAGCUCAGGGUAAAGAGUUGACUGAUCUGUAUAAUGAACCAGGUUACUCAGGCAGAGUGAAUUAUUUAACAGAUGUACAGAAUCACUUCCCCCUCAGACUGAGUGUUGUGAAGAAAACAGAUGAACACAACAUAUACUGCUUCAGAAUGGAAACAGGCGAAGAGAAAGAAAGAUACCAGGGUUUUCCUGGAAUUACACUCAGUGUUACAGAUCUUGAUCUUCAGAUCGCUCCUGCAGAAGUGACAGAAGGACAAUCAGUUGUUCUGACCUGUAAAACCACCUGCAAUCUGACUGAUCCAACAUUCAUCUGGUACAAAAACAGCAGAAAUUUAACCACAAAGACCAACAAGAGCAAUGAAGUCCAUCUGCAGUCGGUCAGCAGUGAGGAUGCAGGCAGUUAUAGCUGUGCUGUAAGAGGAUAUGAACAUCUCCACUCUCCUGAUCAAACCCUCAGAGUUAGAUAUCGUCCAAAGAACAUCUCAGUUUCUAUCAGUCCCUCUGGUGAUAUAGUAGAGAACAGUCCAGUGACUCUGACCUGCAAGAGUGAUGCUAACCCACUUCUGCAGAACUACACCUGGUUUAAGGGGAAGACAUCGGUAGGAAAUGAAAAGACCUACAACAUCUCCAAGAUUAGCUCUGAGGACAGUGGAGAGUACAAGUGCAAGUGCAGUAAUGAAGUCGGACAUCAGUACUCCAACAGUGUGACUCUGAAUGUUCUGUAUCCUCCAAAGAACGUCUCAGUUUCUAUCAGUCCUUCUGGUGAUAUAGUAGAGAACAGUCCAGUGACUCUGACCUGCAAAAGUGAUGCUAACCCACUUCUGCAGAACUACACCUGGUUUAAGGGGAAGACAUCGGUAGGAAAUGAAAAGACCUACAACAUCUCCAAGAUUAGCUCUGAGGACAGUGGAGAGUACAAGUGCAAGUGCAGUAAUGAAGUCGGACAUCAGUACUCCAACAGUGUGACUCUGAAUGUUCUGUAUCCUCCAAAGAACGUCUCAGUUUCUAUCAGUCCUUCUGGUGAUAUAGUAGAGAACAGUCCAGUGACUCUGGCCUGCAAGAGUGAUGCUAACCCACUUCUGCAGAACUACACCUGGUUCAAGGGGAUGACAUUGGUAGGAAAUGAAAAGACCUACAACAUCUCCAAGAUCAGCUCUGAGGACAGUGGAGAGUACAAGUGCAAGUGCAGUAAUAAAGUUGGACAUCAGUACUCUAACAGUGUGACUCUGAAUGUUCUGUAUCCUCCAAAGAACGUCUCAGUUUCUAUCAGUCCUUCUGGUGAUAUAGUAGAGAACAGUCCAGUGACUCUGACCUGCAAAAGUGAUGCUAACCCACUUCUGCAGAACUACACCUGGUUUAAGGGGAAGACAUCAGUAGGAAUGGAAAAGACCUACAUCAUCUCCAAGAUCAGCUCUGAGGACAGUGGAGAGUACAAGUGCAAGUGCAGUAAUGAAGUAGGACAUCAGUACUCCAACAGUGUGACUCUGAAUGUUCUGUAUCCUCCAAAGAACAUUGCAGUGUCAUUCAGUUCAUCUGGUGAUAUAGUGGAGGACAGUUCAGUGACUCUGACCUGUAGCAGUGAUGCUAACCCACCUGUACGGAACUACACCUGGUUUAAGGUGAAUGAAUCAUCACCUCUAGGAUCUGGUCAGAGUUACAGAGCUGUACAGAGUGGACAGUAUAACUGUGAGGCUCAGAAUAAACACGGCUCUGAGAGAUCAGCUGCAGUGUCUGUCACUAUUAAUGACCCCCUGAGCUCAGGUGUGUACGCAGGUCUUGGCGUUUUUCUGUUUGUGUGUAUUUGUCUAACUGUCACCUUCUUGUCUAUAAGAAAAAAGACAAGUAUUAGAUCAAGACCAGAUCAAAGUUUUAAAGAGGAUAAUCUUUAUGCCAACAUAGCAGUGACAAAUCCAGUCAACACUGUAUCUGAUUCAGCCUCAGCCAAUCAGGAUGAAGUUCUGUAUGCGAGUGUUGUACAUCGGAGGGCAGUUGAUACAGGGAACGUUGAGAGUUCUGCUGUGAAAGCUUCGGUCUGUGAGGAUGGAGAGGUUCAGUACACUAGUGUUAGGUUUAAAUGCACUGCUGCUGAUUACAGGCCAAUGCUUUCCAAUGCAGAGGAUCCCACUGUAAUCUACAGCAGAGUGAAAUAAAUAACAUUCAUCUAUUAAUUUAUCCUGAUCACAGUUUCCAUUUGGUUAUAGCGGGAAGCAUCGUUCUAUGUACUGUAGGAUAAUCAAAGGUAUACAAAUAGGUUCAGUUGAGAGAUUUUAUUGUUUAUGUUAUACUAUAUGAUUGAUUAAUUAUACAUCAAAAUAUUUAUAUACAGAAUAAACAUAUACUUGAAACUGUUUUUUAUAGUCAUAAUUUAGAAUAUGGUGGAAUAAUUUAAAUAUUUCAUCUAUAAGCCCAACUAUUUAAUUACUGUGUGUUUUAUUUACUUAGUUUUACUAUAUUUUAUAUGCACCUGUUAUUAGAAUUUAAAGUGUUUUUAAUUUAAUUCAUUUUUAUUGUAAACUCAUUAGUAACUCUUGUAUUAUAAAGCAUGGCUUAUCAAUAUGACUUCAGUAAAAUCUAUAAAUUUAUCAUGUAUACACUAGUGCAUUAAAAUCCAGAGAUCAUUUAAAG